UCUAACGACAAUACGGUAGCGGCGCUUUGAAUUGUGGGACACAAAAAAGAUGGAGGAGAGAGUUUGCAGCAUGAUGAGUUCUCAAUAGUGUAUAUUUAGUGUCAUAUCUCUGCAUGAAGCUUUGAUUUAUGAUUUGUUGUAAUAACAACAAAUAACUCUAUUGACAUAAGAUUGACGACUGACUUGGGAACAGGUAAUUUUCAUAAUACGGACUCUGAGGUCGCUCAUUUGCUGGCUAAUGCUAAGGGUCACGGUAAAGGCCAUGUCUGUACUGGGAGGUUUACUGAGAGCUGGAGCGUCUUUCUGUCAGUCUGCUGGGACCCUGCUCCACACAGCCAGGACCUUUUCUACUGGUUCAUGCUGUCAGAUCAGGAUGCAUGCCAUUCCUCCACUGAAGAAGGUGGACAGGUGGACUGAGAAGAGGAGCAUGUUCGGAGUUUAUGAUAACAUUGGCAUCUUAGGAGAUUUUAAAGCUCAUCCCAAAGACCUCAUCGUGGGCCCCUGCUGGCUGAGGGGUUUCAAAGGUAAUGAACUGCAGUGUCUAAUUAGGAAGAAGAAAAUGGUGGGUGACAGAAUGAUGACUCUGGAGAAACACAACUUGGAGAAGAGGAUCCGCUUCCUCUACAGACGUUUAAACCGCUAUGGCAAACACCGAUAACGCUGAACAAACCAUGCUGGCAGAGACACCAGACCAGCCAGUAAGGACUGUGGAAGUCUAGUGGUGUGAGUUCAUGCUGUCACUGUGCUGUGUAUUACCGGUUUCUAAGUGAUAUGCAUAUGAAGAGAACUGAUUUGUGUGUUUCUGAGUAGCAUCCGUACAGCUUCCUAUACUUGCAUUUAUUGAUUAUCUUUGCCUCCGAUUAACAAUCAGUUGUUCAUUUUUUAUACAAGAACCAAUAGAAGGGUUCAAGUUUGACAGAGUGGAAUUGAGAAAUGAUAAUAAAAAGAUUUAUUUUAAAAACAGCAAA